AUGAAAACGACAUCAACAGAAGCGCUGGAAGUGGCACUCUGCAUUCUACCUCUAAGAUUGACUGUCAUCAGCGCUGCCAAACUUACAGCNUAUAGACUAAGGUGUCAAGAGGAAUGGAGAAAUUUUGGAAUCCAGCCGGGCACUCAUGCAUGGUUUACUGAUGGAUCUGGAGCAAACGGCUGCUAUGGAGCAAACAUCUACUGUCCAGGAUCAAAUCACAGAGAGUUUUUCUCUCUGAGUAAAUUGGCCACGGUCUUUCAAGCGGAAGUCCUGGCCAUUCUGGAAUGUGCAAAACUCCUACUCUCAAGAAAAACAAAAACCAGGAGGAUCACUAUCUAUAUGAAUAGCAAAGCAGCCAUAGGAGCUCUUGCCAAGACCACCACUGAAUCUUCAGUGGCUUGGGACUGUAUGCAAGCUCUAAACAGAUUAGGCAAGCAAAACAACAUCACGCUUGUCUGGGUACCUGGCCACCAAGGUAUCCAAGGCAAUAAAGUGGAUGAUAGUUUGGCAAAACUGGGUAACUUAGAAGAACCAGGCUGCCAAAUAGUUGGAGUUUCCUUUGCAACAGAGAAAAACCAUAUCAAAAACUGGCCGAAAAGGGAGCACAGGAUCUCUUGGGAGAUACUAAAGAGCUGCCGCCAAGCUAAGGCCCUGACGACUCAGCCAUUGCCAAGUAGGACAAAGGAACUACUGACAAUGAGUAAGUACAGACAAAGACUGUGCAUAGGUCUCCUCACAGGACAUUGGGCCUUCAAGGCACAUCUAUUCAACUUAGGCCUAGUUGAGGAGAGUAGUUGUAGAUUUUACGGCAAAGAGAGGGAGGGCAGCGUGCACAUAUUGUGUCGCUGCCCGUCUCUAGCACUCAAAAGAUUCAGAUCCUUGGGCUCCAU